AAAGCUGAGGGGAGAAAUUAUCGGGCUUGAAUCGUUACAUCAUGUUGUGUGUUUUCGAGCGCCAUACAAAAGGCCGUAACAUCGACAUCGUCUACGAGUAAGAAGCAAAAUUCGCCCCUCCAGCCAAACCAUUUUUUUAGCAGGUUGAGCUUCGUACUAUGCGUCGCCCUGGCAGACAGCUCAUUUCGACUCCAACCAUCGUCAAGUGAACUAGUGUCUUUCGCGUGCUCAACGUCGCAAAAGCAAUAACAGCAAAAUCAACAUGAAAUAUUUACUGGUGGGAAUCGUUCUAGCCUUACUGAGCUUUCAAGCAAUCGACGCCUUGAAGUGCAUGCAGGGCAUCGAAGCCACCAAAGGUAACAGCCAGGACAAAAACAAUAACCAAAAAAAUGAGAAACCAUUGGAGGUAACUGAGUGCGGUGCGGCAACUGCAGUGGCCUCAACCGCCCUGCUCGCAUUGGUCAAACCGAGCAGUUUCAACAUUCCGACCGGAGGCUACAAAUGCUACCAUCUUAAGUAUGAAGAAAAGAACUCCGAGGCCUCGACCAUCAUCAAGGGUUGCAUCUAUUCCUCGGUGGAUGUUUGCGAUGGAAAGUUCUCUUCGAGCAACCUCAAUGAAGUUUUCUGCAGCCAGUGCGACAUCGACAGUUGCAACUCGGGUGGACGCUUCGGGCUGGACUGGAAGCUGCUGAGUUUAAUCUUGACGGCUCUGGUAGCGUACCUGCUGUAAGAGGACUCUUCGUCGGAUGACCUCACCUUCAGUCGUGAUUUGUUUCAUUUGAGUAUUUCAUCAAAAACGCUUCAGUGUGUGUGUUUUUCGAAUUUACUACUGUCGCCAUUUAAGCAUGUUUCAUACGAAUAACAGUGAAUUUCAAAACGAGUCUCGCGUCAACCUAGCAAUAGAAGAAUCUCAUAAGUACCAAAUAUUUGAAGCCUUCUAAUGAGGUGAACCGAUACAAAAAAAAAACAUAACAAACCAUGACAAAGGAUCAACCAUCUCAUACAAACGGAAGAAGAAUAGAGGAGGCAAAUACAAUUUAUUUUAAUGUAUAAAUCGAUACACGGACAGCCGAGCAGGCACCCGAAAAAAACAACCAAACGAUGAUAAAAGGGAAUCCCUUUUUUUUUGAGCGACAAAUCGAGACUAUAUUUCUCAACCAUAUAGGGUAACAGAGGUAUUUUGGCCCUCUUUAGGAUUGAUUUUAUUUUGGCCCACUUUGUAAAAAUAUCCACCAAAUGUUGUAAUAUCUUUGAAAAACCCUUCUGCAAUUAAUAAUUUAAUGUGAUUAGCUUCAAAUUGAUGCAACGUGGGUUACUUAACAUCGAUUAAAUCCGUAAAGUUUGGUAGGGUGGCCAAAAUAUAUGAAGUGGCCAAAAUACCUCUGUUACCCUACGGCUGCUUCAACUUUUUUGGUUGCGACAGCAAAACUUCGUAGUAAUUUUGUUGCUGGUGGUUUGAAUUAUCAUAUAUUUAAUCACAUUAAUCAAACAACGAAUCGGUGGCUUAGUAAAGUAAGAAAAAUAGAGAUGAAUUGUGCUGCUUUUGAUUUGUUCUAAGGCUUUCGUACAAAUGAUAAUGUUGCUGACGAGAAAUAAAGCGUCGAGAAUAAAUAUUGAAUCGCUA